AUGUUGACACAUUUUGACAGAGAAGCUACUUUGAAGGUAGGAAGAUGUAAGCAGGCGCUAAAGAGAUGGGAUCCCCAUAAAUGCAAGCUGAUCAAACUCAAAACCCAACGUCUGUAUGACAUUCUUCAGUUUGGAUUCACAACUAUCUUUGUGGCAGCCUUUCCUCUAGCACCACUUCUGGCCUUACUAAAUAACAUAAUUGAAAUUCGACUUGAUGCUUACAAAUUCGUCACACAAUGGAGGAGACCUUUAGCCUCAAGAGCCAAAGACAUAGGAAUCUGGUAUGGAAUUCUUGAAGGCAUCGGAAUUCUGUCUGUUAUUACAAAUGCAUUCGUCAUAGCGAUAACAUCUGACUUCAUCCCUCGCUUGGUGUAUGCUUAUAAGUAUGGCCCUUGUGCUGGCCAAGGAGAAGCAGGGCAAAAGUGUAUGGUUGGCUAUGUAAAUGCCAGCUUGUCUGUGUUUCGAAUUUCGGACUUUGAGAACCGGUCUGAGCCCGAGUCUGAUGGCAGUGAGUUCUCGGGGACUCCCCUCAAGUACUGCAGGUACCGGGACUACCGGGACCCUCCGCAUUCACUGGUGCCCUACGGCUACACACUGCAGUUCUGGCAUGUCCUUGCUGCCCGAUUAGCUUUUAUCAUUGUGUUUGAGCACCUCGUAUUUUGUAUAAAGCACCUCAUUUCCUAUCUGAUCCCAGACCUCCCAAAAGAUCUAAGGGAUCGAAUGAGAAGAGAGAAGUAUUUGAUCCAGGAGAUGAUGUAUGAGGCAGAACUGGAACGCCUCCAGAAAGAACGAAAGGAGAGGAAGAAAAAUGGAAAAGCACACCACAACGAGUGGCCAUGACCAGGUAAUCAUUCAUUUUCAGGCCACGUACCUGAAUUUUGUUUACUUCUCCCAGCUGUGCAAAAGCACAUUGAAGUGAACGACUAACAGUGUGACCACAGAGCAUGCCGCAGACACGGGCAGCCGCAGGCAGGUCGGCACCCAGUAGAGGACUGGCAGGGGAGUCUCGCUGCUGUGAAGUCACGUCGCAGCCCAGCAUACAAUUGCUAUCAAUCCAUAGACCAUUCUUGACCAAGCAAGCAUGCACAUUAUGGCAGUUACAUUCUCAAGUUUUUAAAACCGAGGGGAACUUGUAUACCAGGCCUGUUUUUCAGCCUGUUUGCUACCUUUUUUGCAUUUGAUCCCAUGUGAAUUUUACAGACACUGGGCUAAAAAGGUAUUUGGACACACAUUCCUAGAAUGUUAUCAUAUGGUCCUAGUUCCAUGUCACCAAAUGACACAGACAAGACCCUGUUUACAACUUUUUCUUUCUUUUUUUUUUUUAAAUUCAGAUCUUUCUGAGGAGAUGAUUAUAUAUGACAUAUCUAUAGCUAUGUGUAUGGCCAUAGAUGUAUUUCUGUGUGUACAUAUGUAUAGUCAUGUGUUCCUACAUAUGUACAUACAAAUACAGAGAUAUAUAAAAUACAUAGAAAUUCCUUACUUGUACAUAGCCAAAAAAGUACCAACACGAAUGACUAAUUUUCACAUUUAAAUAGUCAUCCACAUGAAGCCAUGUUUAAUGCUUGUAUAAUGCAAUGCAAUAAAAUUUAAAAUAAAUUUAUGCACCUGGAAUAUUUUCA